GGCAACUGCAGAGAGCUGUGAUGUUCGUGUUGUAUAUACUGCUCUGUAGUUUGGAAUAGUAACAUGAAAGGAAACUGAAGAAGAACGUCUUGCUUUGCCAUUUGAACCAAACUGCUGCUGAACUCCUGUAACGAUCUUUUCCUGUCUGCCCUAUAGGCAGAAUAUUAUAAAAGAUGUGUGUCUUACACAGCCAUUGCAUCUUUAUGGUGACCUGCAGCAGUAGGCAGGGAGGAUACAGUUUGUCUCUACAGGAGACAAGAUGUCUUUUGCUGCAGCAGGGUGAACUGCAAGCAUCUGGGCAGCUUUGAGGCAGCAGCUGUUAUUUGUCUACAUGAUGCUCUGAAGGCUGCUUGCAUUUUAGGGGUUUUCAAUUUCUGCUCCUGUUCAAGCCUGCUGUAACAAUAAAAAAUAAACCUUAGAUGAGUAACCAUGAGGCCUCGUGGUAGUUGGCAGGAGUCUUACUGGAGGGGGAACGCUGAAAAGCGGGUACUGGGAGAAGCACCAUAACUCAACCUGUAGUACCAAUUUGGAAGUGUCUGUCCUCAUUUCUGCACAGCCCCUGCCUUCCUCUCUUGGCUGUUAAAACUAAUACUGGCAGAUUGUUAUUCAGUCUGUGUUUUGCCUGCUUCUCCUAUCCCCUUCUCUGGCACAUGUACAUAACAGACUUGAUGGAUCCUGACUAUAAUACAACCACUGCAGCAUUACAGCAGGGUAUGGAAAGAUCUGUCCCUUAUACACUCUAGGAUUUGGACAUGUUAGUACUGCAAUGCUUGUUUGCCUUUGGCCCUUCAAGCACAGUACAGCAAUAGGCUGUGGAAGAAGUACAGAACAGGGCAGCUCAGGGAUGCCUCGGGUGCCUGAGCGCAGUUGUGUAGAGGCCUUGGAUGGAAGUACUCUUGCCUCAUAUCCAUACAGGGCUAGGAAGUGGUUUAGGGUCACUUUAAGAGCUCUUCUGUUGGCCUUCUACUAUAUAAAUGUUGCAAGCAGGUACUUUUAUAUUCAGCAAAUUACUUGGUCUUUUAAAUGUUAACCCUUUACCAGAAAUUCUUCAGUUUCUCCAUCACUAAAGAGUAACUGCAGAUGCAGCUACUUGAACUCAAUCUGAUAAUCUGAGCAGGUUUUCAUUGGUUCUUGAGAUUAUCUUCAAAAUCGGGCACAGUAACUUCUGCUUUCUUAUGCCACUGCUGCUACUGCCUGAUCAUCAAACCGCAUAGCCAAAGCUAUCGAGGGGCAGAAGCAGUGUGAAAAGUGAAGCUUCCUUUGAGCUGAUACUGUCUGGAAUGGGAGGAGAUGUGUGGCAAUUGUGUCUCCAGCUGUGCAUUGCUUCUGUGCUGCUCUUUGGUGGAGGAAGAGGGAGAGAGCUCCAGGGCAGCCUGAGCUGCCUGAAUAACUAUGUGACUACCGUGAGCUGCACGUGGGAAAUGGAGGAGCCCAUGGGAGAGGGACCUUUCCACCUGCAUUUCACCAACCUCUGGUCAAAGGGCCACAACGCCAGCUGCAGACUUACUGCCAGAGAAAGCAUGCAGAACCAGUACUACUGCACUAUCCAUUUAGCCAGCCAGAUCUUGGAAACAGAUGGUUAUAGAGUUGCUCUCCAAGGCAACUUCUUUGGACGCAAUGACACGUACAUCAUCUUUCCAGAGUACAGUCCCCGUGAGCACAUAAAACUUGACCCCCCUUUGAACAUCCAGAGCAAUGCCACUGCCAGCAAGUGUCAGAUAUGGUGGAGUGUGCCUUGGUACCUCGUCGAAAUUCUCCAGUAUGAGUUGCAGUAUAAGGAGUACAGCAAGUCCUGGGAGAUUGCACUGAACAAGACGCCCCCCAGUUCACUGCCCCAGGUUGAAAUUGAAGCCGCCGAGCUCCGCAGUGGCGUUGCUUACGCUGCACGAGUUCGGUGCAAGGUUUCUGAGAAUGAGGAUUCGUACCAUAGUCAGUGGAGCGAGUGGAGCCAGACAACAGUGUUUCAAAGAGCAGAACUACCUGAAAAGAUCCUAAAUACCAGAACUGUGCAGUUCUUGUUCAUUCCUCUGAGUUUCGGCAUGCUGCUGUAUUUAUUUUGGAACUGCAAGCUUUCUUCAAGGGCAAAAGACCUCUCCUGCUUCAACAUUCCCACACCAGCUGCUUUCUUUCAGCCUCUCUAUAAUUUGCACAAUGGGAAUUUUAAGGACUGGGUUGGACCUAGUGAGGCUUGUAGCCAGCUCAGAAGAGAAGAGGCCAGCAACUCAAAGAAAGUGACUGCAGAUGAUGUUUCUGAUCUGAACACCCAAGAACAGAUUUCCCAGAUUUUUUCCUUGAAACCUAUGGAAAGCACGAAUCUGGCUGCUGCAGAAGAAAGCUUAGUAUUUGCCUCAGUUCCAAGCCAGCAGUACGUCCCCAGCAGGUAUGUAAGAGCAGAAGAGACAGAAGUGAGGCUGGGACUACUGUUUGCACAAGCCCGUGGUGAUGAUACAGUUGGCCUGAAAAUCUCUGAAAAACUUAACACCAACCUUGAGAGCCCCAGCACGGGAAGGAAUUCUUCCUCUCACCCACAGCAUGGAAAGGGCGACUUCCUUAUGCUUCAGGAAUCUUUAGAGAUAGCAAAUGUGUCUUUCAGCAGUAGUGACUAUUGUACCUUAUGCGACAAUCAUACCACAGGAGGUUUGAUUCCUGCUGAACUACUGAAGCUCUCCAAUGGCAAUAGUCUUCUCAAUCAGAAUGAUCAGAGUGACCUUCCCUGAGGUAUACUGUCUACAAAGAUCUUUGUGCUGUCCUCUCACCUCCCAGCACUGUCUUUCCAAGUGGCUUAAAUAGUGACCGUGCAGACAAUUACAAACAUGUAUCAUUUUUAGGUAAAUUCUCAAUUUCUGUACUUCAAAAGAAGAUUGUGACAACUCCUCUGGCUAGCAGAUACUACUCCUACAGGCAUCACAAGGCCUGACUCCAGCAGUACCUGCUGUCUUCAGGGCACAUAUGACCAUACUCUUAUCUAAAUUAACCACCUGUCAGCAGCAGAAGUCCAGCAAUGCUCUGGCUAAGGAAGCAGCAGCAGACCUGCUGUUUUGCCUCAGGAAGAGCUAUUGGGAUUGGGCACCUCUCAGAAGCAGCAAUACUUGUAAUGUGCUGAACCACGACUUAAGCUCCAUCGUUAUUUUAUAAAGGAGUAAAAAACAUAAACAAUUUUUGCUUAAAAGGGUAAUUUUGCUUUUUAAUAUUUGCUUCUUAAUAUGAUAUUGAUGACUUCAAAUGGUUCCCAAUUUCUUCAGAAUUCAUAAUUGCUCUAUUUAAUCAGGCAGUGGCCUUGUUCUUUAUUACUCUGAAUGGCUCUAACUUUCUAUUGUGCAGUAACUAAGCCCCAUAUAGUGCUUUGAUUUUAACAGCUAUUUAUUCCAAGGUUAAGUGUCUGACCUGAUCUACUGAAGAAAGGUGAAAAGCAAGAAUAGAAUGAACGAGCUUUAUUUAAUCAAAAAGCAGGCCAGGGCAACUGCCUCUCCAGGGCUUUUAUUAUUUCUCCAGAACUGAUGAGUUCUUUGCCUAUCUGCUCAAACGAACAGCCUUUCUGAGAUGAACCUCUGGAGGUUUACCUUCUACCCUAGACACAGAAAAUCCUAGAUGUGAUUGACUGCCCAACAAGCAGGUUCCUGAAGUCUUAGUUACAUCUCCUAGGCUUAAAGGGCUCAGGAGUUUUAGCAAGCAUACUAAGAAAUUUACAGAUGCAACUACACUAACUGGCACAUGCAUACAUACAGUCACACACAUUCAUUCCUUCCUC